UUCUGUGUAGACGUCAACAAGUGUACUUCGCGUCUGACACUUCUAAGGAUUAAGCCCCAAAGGAAACCCCAAAGAUGCAUUCGACAGGGAAAUCCAGCAUAGAGGAGCAGUUAGCCCAGUAUAGACUCAGGAAGAAGAGGGAAGAGGGCUACAAAAGCGUAAAAAAGCGGUUCUGGGAGUUGUUAUGUUCCGCGAUGUCUGUCAUGAGGAGUAACAGCACAGCCUCCGAGGCCGAGAGCAGUUCAGGUGGUGAUGAGCAGCAACCCAGAGAGCAUGCCGAUGUGAAGGAACUUCGCAAGAGAUUAACUGUCACAAGAGAGUCCUCCUCGGGCACCAGUGCAGACCACAGCGAUGCAGACAGUGCAGGAAAUACCUCACUCCCGUCCUUCAGCUCCUACACAAAGCUGGACUGGAUUGCUUUGGGGCUGAAAUGUGCCAUGUGGUUGAUUCUCUUCAAGAUCUUCAUCUUACUUGAAUUUGGAGCUGUAUUUUUCAUCUUCAGUGCCUUUGCUUUUAUAUGGUACAACAUGAGGUCUGAGCCCAAGAAAAAGGGUGAAAUAAGUGCCUACUCUGUCUUUAACCCCAACUGUGAGACGAUAGACGGAACUCUCUCUGCAGAACAGUUUGAGCGGGAAAUUUUACAUAAGAUGUAGACAGAGGCACAGGGAAAAGCAAGAUCCGUUCCAGGAAAUUAAUUUGAAAUAUUUUGUUGGAAGUGAAAUAUAUUUAUCCAUCUUCACAAUUAUUUUGAUUUUCAUUUACUCUGUUUUAGGAUAACUACUUAGUUAAUAUUUUAGCACUUUAGUUUAUUAGAAUAGGCAAGAAGGUUGUUAUGAACUCCAUUGCAGGAAAUCCAAAACCAGGGUUCUGUUUGGAGUAAAAUAUUAUCACUCAAUUUCAUGUCCUUGGAUCAUCACUAUCGUCGUUCAGUAGAUAUAGGAUUUCAUCAGUAAUUAUGAUUUUUAUACUUUUCUUGCUGUGAGGUUUAUUUCACCAUGACUUUGCUUUUGUUGUCAUGUUUUCUGUGAAUCCACCUUGGAGUUAUCAUAAGGUAGUUAUCUCGGUUGAAGUUUCAAAGUUUGUAUCUUUUGGAUUUAUUGCAUGGGUUUUGGAAAACAAGACUAUAUUAUUUUCUGUUUUGGUUUAUAUAUUUACUUUCAAACAAGUAUCAUGCCUUGUACAUUGGAUAAUACCAAGCAGUACAGUCUCUACAGUGAAAAUAUGGAAAUCAUCAUAUAAUAUUGUUAGCUACUAGAUAUUGCUGAAUGUGAUAUAACACAUUUCUAUUUUUAAACCAGUUUCAUAUAUAAAAAACAAAAAACAGAACAAAAAGGUUAGUGAUUGGAGUGACAUGGAUCUACAAUUUAGAAAUAAAGGAUAUGAAGAAAGCCAAUAAUCAAAACACUUUAUUUUUCAAAAAAAAUGUACACUGUACAAUGGAAUAAACCAGUACUGACUGAGUAAAGAGCCGAAGCUUUGAGCAAAAAACAACAUGAACCAUGAGAUCCUGAAGGAAGGGCCAAAAAAGGAAAUCCAUUUGGCAAGUAUAGUAACUACAAAUUCCAUUGGUGAACAAAACCUAAUAAAACCAGGGAAUCAACAAUUACUCACACUAUUGUCAUACCAUAUAAAAAAAAAAAAAAUAAUGAUAAAGGUUAACAUGCAAUCAAUGGUAGUAAAUUUCUCCAAAAAAAAAGAAAAGGCAAUUGGCUAAACCAGAUGACUAUUUCACACUGACUUUCAUUUUUAUUUCAUUAUACAAUGCUGGUGUGCAAAAAAUUACAAAGGAACCCCAUUCUGUAAACUGAAAGUCACUAGUCCAGAUGGUGGAGAAAGCAGAUAACAAUAGUUCCUGAUGACUUUUGUCUACUGAAAUUAUUCUUAUUUUUGAAUAAAAGCUCGAGUAGCUACAAACACAAUUAUUAAUGAAUACUUAAUAAUACUAAUAAUGCCUUCAAGCAAAAUGUAACUACCGGUGAUUUUCAGUCUACAUGGGAGUCUCCCUCGGCAGAUAAUGGAACAUGUUCAGCCAAUAAAAUUCAGAACCACAGGAAUUUAAGAAAAAUCUACUUCAACUUUAUUACACAACCAGAACAGGUACUACCGAUUCCAUAUAGUAUGUUUAACAAGGUCAUUUUCAUCAUGGGGGGGGGGGGGGG